UCCUGGAAGAUGGAGGGCGUUAAGUCAGCUGCCCCCUUCCCACCUGGCGUACCGCAGCCCCUCCGUGGCGGGGUGCGGGGCCAGCCGGGAGCCGUCGCAGCCGGCUGGGAGGUCGCUGUCAGGGAAGCUGCAGUUUCUCUUCAGGUGGAAUGCCUCCUGUUCCUCAAGUGGCUCAACAGAUUAGCCAUGAGCAAAAUCAACAGCAAAAUGGACCACACUUGUCAAGUUUGCAUAGUUCCUUACCUCCUCCACACGGCAGGAAUUCAGCUUUUCUUCAGCAGGUGCAACCAGCAGGCCGUGAUAAGAAGCAUGUGAUUUUGGUCCCAACUCCAGUUCCCAUACAACAACAGGAAAAUGAAAUUCUGCAGAGGAUAACAGCACUGAGGAAAGAAGGUUUAUGGUCUCUAAAACGUUUGCCCAAACUCCAAGAGACCCCACGGCACAAAUCACACCAUGAUUAUCUUUUGGAAGAAAUGCAGUGGAUGGCAACUGAUUUUGUUCAAGAAAGGAGAUGGAAGAUGAUAACUGCCAAGAGACUCAUUUUAAGCGUGGCUUGUCAUCACAAUGAUAUGAUACUUCAUAAGGAAACAUGCAAGAAAAGAGAGGAGAAGAAACUGAGGGCUGUUGCUGCUUUUACUGCUAGAGAAAUUGAACAUUUUUGGUCUACCAUUAAACAGGUAGUACAUUUGAAAAUGCAAGUAGAGUUAGAAGAGAGGAGGAAGAAAGCAUUAAACUCACAGAACACCUCAAAAAAAGAAAUAAGAGACUCUUUGAAUACGGAAGAUAGCCUUCAGAAGGAAGUGGUACUUCCAGAUCUUCUCCCAUCUACUGUGGAGAAAUACAUGGCAGAUUUAGCUGAUGUUGCUGCUGCUGCAGAAGCAUUGUUACCCAAAGACAGUGCUCAAAUCACAACAGUAGUAAAAAGUGGUACGCUCUCCUUACUACGUGGCGCUCUCAGAGAUUAUCAAAAGACUGGAUUGGAGUGGUUGGCAAAGCUGUAUAAGAUGAAUCUCAAUGGCAUUCUGGCUGAUGAAGCUGGACUUGGAAAAACAGUGCAAGUUGUUGCUUUUUUUGCACACCUGGCAUGUAAUGAAGGUAACUGGGGUCCUAUUCUUGUUGUUUCACAAAACUUUAGCGUGCUGAAGUGGGAGAUUGAACUGAAACGCUGGUGUCCAGCUUUGAAAAUUCUUCUGUAUCUUGGGAACCCAGGAGAACUUUUUUUAAAAAGUCAGGAAUGGACUGGCCCCAACAACUUUAAUGUAUGCAUUACCUCCUGCAAGCAAUUCUUUAAAGACUAUGAAGCAUUCAUGAAAGUACAAUGGAGGUACCUAGUUUUAGAUGAGAGGCAGAAUGGUAAUAAUCUGACAGAGAAGCACUGGGAUGCAAUAUUCAAUCUGCAGAGUUACUGUCUGAAAUAA